AUGGGGAGGGGAAAGAUUGUUAUUGAAAGAAUCGAUAACUCGACGAGCAGGCAGGUGACAUUUUCGAAGAGAAGGAGCGGUCUACUGAAGAAGGCCAAGGAGCUUGCUAUCCUUUGUGAUGCUGAAGUUGGACUUAUCAUUUUUUCGAGCACUGGCAAACUUUACGAAUUCGCAAGCACCAGCAUGAAAUCAGUUAUCGACCGAUACACAAAAGCGAAAGAGAUGCACAAUCAAUUGCUUAAUCCCGGAUCGGAGAUCAAGUUUUGGCAAAGAGAAGCAGUAACUUUAAGGCAGCAGCUACAAGAUUUGCAAGAAAAUCAUCGUAGGAAACUAAUGGGAGAAGAGUUAUAUGGAUUGAGUGUGAAGGAUCUUCAAACACUCGAGAACCAGCUCGAGUUGAGCUUGAAAGGCGUUCGUAUGAAAAAGGAACAAAUACUAAACGAAGAAAUUCAAGAACUGAGUCGAAAGGGAAAUCUUAUCCAUCAAGAAAAUGUGGAGCUCUACAAGAAGGUAAAACUCAUCGAACAAGACAACACGGAUAUGUACAGAAAGGCUUAUGGCACAAGGGAUCUAAGUGCGGCGGCAAACUGUAGCGACGACUCUUUGUCGUUUGGUUUUACUUUUAACGGGCACCUGCAUGGACCGAUUCAGCUUCAGCUAAGCCAGCCCGCACGACAAAAUAACGAGACACCACCAAGUAUAAAUGAAUCGAGGUACAUUAAUAGUAAAUUUAUUUACCAAAAGUAG